UUCCCAACUUCAACGUCAACUUUGGUUUAUAUCAGUAUUUAUCUAUUCAAAAUGCCUAAACUGCGCGAAUCUUUGUCCAGUCAAAAUGGACCGUCAUUGACUGUAACCGAGAGUGUCCCAACUAUGGAAAACGAGACGUUUCGGGAUUCUCACAACCUUCCCGAGUAUCAAAAUUUGGCGAUCGAGUCAGCUAUCGAAGAAACUUUGCCAAUAGAUCAACCGGACUAUGUGCACGUUACAAACUUGGCAAAACAGUCAAAAAUGGACGAAACAACGGUAAUCAGUGACGAAGACGAUAGUGACGAUGACGCUGUUGUUUUCAUCGAUAUUGCUUAUAAACAACCUGACGAAGAACCAGCUAGAAGGCGGAACCCUGUAAGGAAGAUUAGAAGUAAGAGAGGGUACUUGAAAAAUGAACAUAUUUUGGAGGAGGAUUUUCAUGUUUUGGAUCAGAUUGACCAACCGAACUCGAUCGCUUUCAGAAGCAAACCUUCACAAUCGAAAAGCAUCACUGGCAACAAGCUUUACAAAAAAUGGCCUGUAAAUUCUUGCGAGAUGCCUUUCUACAAUCCAGCAACCCUCCAAAUUGAGGCCAUCCAAGUUCCCGAAUACGUACCUAAAAUUGUUAAACGCAAACCGAAGCCAAGAUUAUUCGUCAGACAACGAAGACCGAGAUGUUCCAAGGGAAAGGUCGAAGUAAAAUAUCCAGUGGAAACAUUGAAGGAUUUGGUAUCGGAAUCGCUCGUAUUGAUAGAGGAUUUCAUUAAAAAAUCUGGCGACCAAGAACUGGAAGAUUUGUUAAAAAACCAAAAGUCACUGAAAGCCUUGGUAACUUCUACAGUUAAGGGUUGUUUGUAAUUUGUAAAGUUUUAUUUUUUAUAAUAUUAUUUAAGUACCAUAAUGUUGCGACUCUUGAUUGAUGAGCUGCAACUGGGUUUAGCUUUAAUUUUGAAUAGUUGUUACUUUUAAUAAAACUCAAACAAAAAGCACAAUGAAUAUAUUUGUUUUUGCACUACUUAUCACUUAUCACGAUUAUUAAAAGAUUCAUAGAUCAAAUUGAAAUAUCAAAAUUUGAAAAUUUUCGUAUUGCUAAACAACAGUUUUGUUCGUUUUAUUAACUUUAGCUAUAAUAAGUCCAUCCGAAGCGACGCCACAAUAAAUAAAAAACAAGCAACAAAUAAAAAUAAACAAGUACAAACAAAAUAUAGCCAUAAUGGCCAACUGGUGGCGUCAUUCUGUUGAAGCUUCACUGGAUGACUCCGUUUCGGAUUUAAUUUUUCUUGAUUUUUCUUUGAUUGUCGGCCUGUACUCCUCACUUUGGCUCUCCUCCGACAGGGUUUCUUCCAGUUUCUUUCGGCCUUUGGUUUGUUUGUCGGUGCGCUUCAAUUUGGUGUGUUUGGUACUGGUAGGCAAUUUACUUUUGGAUUGGGAUUUUUUGAGGCGUUUAUUGCUCGUGUGAGAGCUGCCUGUCGAAUAACCAGUGUCUUUUCUAGUUUUGAUUUUUCUGCAAAAAGAAAAGUUAUUUUCAUUGCUAAUGAAUAUUAUUGUCUUACUUUUUAUGUCUUGUAUCCUCCUCACUUUCGCUGGACUCAUCCCUCAUCUUUUUCACCUUCUUACUUUGAGUCUUCCUGCCAUGCAUAUCUCCUUUAGAUAUAAUAGCAAUACUAGUCAAUUCUACAUUAUCCUUUUUUCUAGAAUGUUCACUAUGAACAACGUAGAGCCGAUAAAUUUGCAACAAAAUGACCAAAGUGUUUUUGCAAGUAAAAAACACGUUCAUGUAAGAGAUGAUUUUGAAGUGAGUGAUGAGCAGCAGGCGGAAAACUAAAAAGGGCGCAUCUUGUAGGAUUAUGUUUAGGGCUAUGCCCCAUACAUCUAUCGUACA